AUGGCAAGACUUCCCGCUAAAGAAGUGGUAAUCAAGUGGUCAAAUGAACAGUUACUCGAUUGGCUUCAAAAUGAGGAAUUACAUGAUUGCCUGCAAGCCUUCAAGUCUAGGGCUGUGACUGGCGCUAAGCUAUUGGAUCUGAGCGAUGAUUUGGUCAUUACUUUUUGUGAACUCAAAAUUGUCAGACGAAGGUAUGACUACCAGUGCUUCCAAUCACUGAACAACACCAUUCCUAUUCGCAUCAAUGAGUUCACAAAAUGUGAGCCCACUUUCGAUAUGUCGAGAAAGACAAUAGUGCGGCAAAAGUGGAGCACUAGAGCCACAACAGGCCGUCCGAAAAAAGUGCCGAUCAUUGCAUUGUUUAUAAAAGAGAUCGAACUCUGCUUUAAUACAAUGAACAUUUGGAAACUCACGAUUCCAAUGCUUACACACUAUGGCAAACAUCAUUGCAAUGCAAACCACUUUUUCUUAGCCACUGACUUGCGAGGGGAAGGGGAGGCACAGCAUCUGAACAGUGAAACAUACAAACAGGUCAUACCAUUCAUAUGCUUUCCCCUACAGUGCAACUUUUUGUUUAACUUUUACUACUUCACCAAAAACCAAAUGGUUGUGCUCUGUGUCUGUCAGUGCUGUUGUACUCUUGUUUCGGACUCCAGUUCCUUACAGUUCUCUAGACUAAACAGUUUCACCAAAUUCCAAAGAUUAGGCACGAACUCCAAGAAAGCCGUUGUUUCACCAAAAAUGAGAUAUUAUUUCCUCAAACACUCAUUCAGUCAUCAAAUCUUUUAUCUCAUCCACUGUUAUGCCAUGAAUGCCAUCAAAUUGUUUCUCCAGAUGUAUGUCUUAUAA